AUGAAACUGUUCGCAUUGGACAUGAUUGUCUACUUCUUUAUCAGUCUCCUAAUUCCAUCGUUCAUAUCUUGCGUAAAUGUAAGUGUCGACUAUGAGGUGUUAGAUACUCCAUUAUUAGAUAUAAAUCACUCUACAGAACCGACUUUCAGAGAACCGACAUUUUCCUACAAACAAGAGGUACCUUACUAUGAUAGAAACGAGACUUUGUUCAGCACCACCAGUCGGUCUUUUCUUGCAUCAUACGGAAGAUGUGCCGUACAGUGUAUCGAGGACCUGAGCUGUAACGCUAUCGAACAGUGUCGUGUCCCUGGUGGUUCUGAGUGCAGGGGAACCACUGGUCUCCUGAAAACAACAACAUCAGUCUCGAUAGGAAGUCCAUGUAAACAGUUCUUAUUGGAUUUUUCCUGCGGCGAAGACACCGUUAAAGACAGAAGAACUGGUUUAUGUGUAUAUCUUCUAUGUUCGGAUUGUGACUGUGUAAGACAAUACAUAUCAAAGCCUGGAGGAUAUGGUUUAAACUUGGAAGGAACCCUUGUUUUCGCCUUAUGUGAAUUUGAGACAAAUCAAACCUGGACGGUUAUUCAAAAUAGACAUAAUGGAUCUGUUGAUUUCGGUAGAACUUGGCCAGAGUACACAAAUGGAUUUGGAUUUGUGCUAACAGAGUACUGGAUAGGAACUGAAUAUAUCCAUCGACUGACUCUGUCUGGAUUGACCACCGUAAGAAUUGAUCUGGAAGACUACGACGGUAACAAAAGAUAUGCAGAGUAUAGCUUGUUCAAUGUGUCUGAUGGGAAUGAUCACUACAGACUGACCGUGUCAGGAUAUUCCGGAACUGCGGGUGACAGUAUGUCAUCGAUUGUUGGAGAUGAGAAGGCUGACGGUGAGAUGUUUAGUACAACUGAUAAAGACAACGACCGAGCAAAAUCAAACUGCGCUGCACAAGGGAGAGGGGGUUGGUGGUAUGGGAAAUGUACUUUUAGCGGCUUAAAUGGUGAAUAUGACAAUAACAGCAAGUUUAAAGGAAUCAACUGGCAAACCUUUAGAGGAAUGAGCUACUCUCUGAAGGCGUCAAAAAUGAAGCUGAGGAGACCGUAGACUAUACUGAUCAACUUAAAAGUGACGUAAAACAAUUACACAUGGAAAUCGUUUGUGUUAUACUUGAGAAUUUUUGACAAAGUUUGAAAAAAAAAUAACAGUAUAACAUUUUUGAAAUCAUAAAGGAAUCGAUAUUUGUGUAACUUUCUUUUUUAAUCUAUCAUAUAUAACAUGAUGCUGCAGCAUUUUUUAUUUGUACGUGUCAUAUGUACCUAAAAGCUUAUAAAAAUAAUUUUACAUGAAUCACAUAUACAUGUACAUAUUAUUGAUACUCAUAUCCGACUAACGCCUUAUAAAUUUUAGAUUUCUAUUAUAAUCAUGCGUCCAUUUUACAUUAGUGUGUGCAGUAACAUGUGAAAAAGAGCGUUCCUUUAUAUUGUAUUCUUAUGAGGUUGAACAUGCGCAAAACACACUGUCGCCUGUGUGGAACAGGUAUUGACUUAAGGUUUAAUUUUAUUUGAUUUAGCACGCGUAAGUAUUUUUCAUUAAUAUUUUUUACUGGCAAUUUUUUUUUCAGAAAAGUCCAAUACACAUGUAGUAUAAAGCGUGUCAUUGACCUAGUUGUUUGAAAGUUUAUUUCCUCAUUACAUGGAUGUGUCUUUCUUAUCCAAUAGUUAUGUUGUUGAUAUCAAUAGAA